UACAGCAAACACUACAACCAAUUGUACUGUGGUUGAAUGUUUGUCGGAAGAAAUAAGUAAGCUCCUGAAAAUGAAAGAAAGUCAAAUGGUUAUCCCGAAAGACGUGAAAAACAUUUACAAUGUUAAAAACAUGUGCGGAGCUGUGAUCUUAAAUGAAAAUGUGACGGACACCUACAUUAGUGUUGAGAAGAAAGCCAUCGAUGAAAUGAUAAAUAAUACAAAUUCUAACCAAACCACAACAUACGUUACUAAGGGAUUUUCUCUGACUGUGGUUACGAUGAAUACAAACACACCAGGCGGUUACAUCCAAAUUCCUGCUCCAGAUGUAUUACAUUAUAAGGAUGUUGCACUGACAUGGAUCCCAGUGGACCCGUUCCUAAAUCAAAACCAGAGCAAUAUUGGUGUAGUUACCUACGAUUCCUACGAGCAUUUUAAGGUUAAACUUGGAAAUAAAAGUAUAACCUCCACCGUCAUAAGGAUUGAAGCCCCUGGAGUAGACCUUUCAAAUUUGAAACAUCUACUUAAAAUAAAGUUCAAAUAUAAUGACACAAUUCACACACCUAACUCCACCUUGUCCUGUGAGUUCUACGAUGAACAAGGCAACAAAUCCUGGAAACCUGAUGGUUGUUCCACAAAUAGGAUUAGUCAUGAUGAGGUUGAGUGCUACUGUGACCAUGCAACUCCUUUUGCUUUGCUUCUGGUUGAUUUGAAGAUCUCCAAAAGCCAAUGGGAAAUUUUAUCGUACAUCAGCUAUGUAGGCUGCUGUCUGUCAGCAUUUUUUUCUGCAAUCACAGUCUUCUCGUUCAUCUUCAUUAGUAACGCGAGGGCAGAGGUGUCCAGCAGCAUUCACGUGUCUCUGAGUGCUGCUCUGUUUGUCCUCAACUUGAGCUUCAUGUUGAGCGAAUGGGCCGCCACACUGUCCAUGAACGGACUGUGUGUGUUUAUAGCUGUGACUAUACACUACAGCCUGCUGUCUUCUUUCACCUGGAUGGCCAUCGAAGCCAUGCAUCUCUACCUUCUUCUUAUCAGAGUCUUCAACAUUUACAUCAAGCACUACAUGAUCAAGCUGUCUGUUAUCGGAUGGGGAGUCCCUGCUGUUGUUGUUGGAGGCUUGCUGUCAGUUCAUAGCAUCAGACCGUUUUAUGGCACUCAUGAGAUGACAUUAACAGAUACUGAUCGGACCAAUUCAAUCUGCUGGAUCAAAGAGAACAUCAUCCUGUACGGCGUGACCCUUUCCUACUUCUCUAUCGUAUUCCUGUUCAACUUAGGAAUCCUGAUCACAGUGUCCAGGCAGAUCUUCAAGCUACAACGUACAAGAAGCAAGUAUGAAAAGAUGCCAGUCUGGAAGGAUGCUGGCACAGUGCUGGGGCUCAUGUGUCUGCUGGGUACGACAUGGGGUUUGGCCUUCUUCACCUCUGGACACACCAUCUACCCUAUACUCUACCUAUUCUGCAUCUUUAACUCAAUGCAAGGAUUUUACAUCUUUGUGUGGAUGUGUGCAACAACGAUGAAAAACAGAAGGCAGUCACUUCAAUCCAAGACUAAAUCUACUGUGGAUGCCUCCAGAUAAGGAUUUCUCAUGUUGUUUUCUUACUUAAACCUUUUUAUGUGACGUUUUACAAGACAUUAUCAAGCUACAUCAACAGAAAAGCACCAUGCCCUGUGCCCCCCUUUUUUUCUUUUGCAAGAGUACUAACUUCUUUUGCUCCAAUUCAGCACAUCAACAUCAAAUAAAAUGAAGCUUCCUCUUUCUAACUCAAAUAAAACCUUAAAUAUGAUUUGUCUUAUCUUAUCUUAAA